AAGAUUUGCAUUCAUUCGAAGAUUUGCAGUUGAAAUCAUCAGUCAUCUUUCCUGGUAAGCAUAGAGCAGCACCGAGCAGAAAUGGCACUAUCAGUACAAUCGCUACUGAUAGUGAUACUCGCAACGGCGAUCGCUCAAACAGUUGCUAAAUCUUGCGAAACGGAAGACUACGAGGAAGGAUCGUGUGUCCCGGUUCAAAAGUGCGACAAAAUCGUCGAAAUGAUGGCCCGUGGUCUGUCCCCCGGGCAGCAGCGUUUGGUCGAUCGUGAACAGGAGAAGUGUUCCGAUGCCGAAGAGGACGGAUCGAUCUGUUGCCAGCGGAAGCAACGGCCCGAAAUACCACGGUUCGUCGAAGAUGUCAAGCCGAUAGUCAAGGGCAUUCACGAUCUUCUGCCGGAUCAUAGCGUUUGCGGGUUGGACAGUGCCGAUAGGAUCUACCACGGGAACGAGACCUAUUUGGAUCAGUUUCCCUGGUUGGCGCUGAUCAAAUACAUCGGUGAAGAUGACAAGGAAAGUUUCAAUUGCGGUGGUACGUUAAUUAAUAAGCGCUACGUUCUGACGGCCGCUCACUGCAUAAAGAAAGAAGUAGCCGGUGUGCGACUUGGGGAAUGGGAUCUAACUACGAAUCCCGAUUGCGUAACGAGACAAGACGUGGAGCAAUGUGCUCCACCUGUACUGGACGUCGGGAUCGAAAAGAUCAUAAGGCAUAAAAAGUACAAAUUUUCUUGGUACAAACCGAACAAUAUUGAUUUGGCACUAUUUCGACUGGAUCAGGACGUAACCUUCGGAAAGUACAUAGCCCCGAUCUGUUUGCCUCGGUCGGAGCAGGAAGCUCAGCUUCAACAGGACAAACCGAUGUACGUGGCUGGUUGGGGGAAGACCGAGACCGGCGAGACUAGUAAACGAAAAUUGUUUGUGGAUAUUACAAAUGUGAAUUUGGACGAAUGUCGAAAGCAGCACCCGUCUCCGAUGAUCAAAUUCCACGAUUCGAUGAUCUGUGCGCUGGGUACAGAAGGAAAAGAUUCUUGCCAAGGUGAUUCCGGUGGUCCGUUGAUGGAGAUUCAGAAGACUGCGGAAGGAGUUGAUCGAUACUUCCUGAAAGGAGUCGUCAGUGUGGGAGCCUCCUGUGGUACAACCAAGCCUGCGUUCUAUAUAGAGGUGUACAAGAACAUUGAUUGGAUAGUUUCCAAUAUGGAACCGUAGAUAGACGGUAUUCCGAAUGAAAAUGUAAUAUGAAUAAUUACAUUGACAAUCGUAUAAUUUCAUACCGCUUAUAACGGACCAUAAUGUAGUAGUGGAAACGGAUCUAAUGUUGGCCUAUGGAUCGAAAGAUAUCCUGUUCUUAAAUUUUUCGUAGAACAAUGCGUCAUAUAGACAACACACAUGGAUAUUUUUGGUUGUUAGUGAA